GGCCAAAAGGAGCUUUCAGCUUAAGGCGCACCUUAGACAUGCUGUCCAAAUACAGCAGACCCAUCUGGGGAUUCUAUUUGGAGGCUUACUGGGACUGAGAGUGGACCACUUUCUUCUACUGGACCUCGAAUUUGGUUUAAACUGUGGAAACUGUGUUAUAUUUACAGUGUGCUUUUCUGUCUCUAGGUGGGUUGUAAUUUACGAUCCAGUGCCAAAUGCGUUUUCCGUGCACAAUGACCGCCUACAGAGGGUUUUACCUGUGGAGGUGUCUGCUGUCCCUGGGGGCUCCGUUGCUGCUGUUGGCCGCUGUGUCGCCGGUUAGGGGCAACUGUCCCACGGCGUGCGUGUGCUCCGUGCCCGCGGAAGUGCACUGCACCUUUCGAUACCUGAACGCGGUGCCUGCCCAGAUCCAGCCAGCUGUGGAAAGAAUUAACCUCGGCUACAACAGUAUAACUGUCCUGCGAGAGAAUGCUCUUUUGUUGCUGCAGAAAUUAGAAAUACUGAUGCUGCACAGCAAUCUAAUCCACAGUAUUGAGGACGGAGCAUUUCAGGAUCUACGAUCAUUACAGGUCCUCAAGAUGUCUUAUAAUAAAGUCAAGGAACUCAACAGGCAAACAUUCAAAGGCCUGGAAAGUUUGCAGCGACUCUACAUGGACCACAACUACAUUGAUUUCAUCAGCCCAGAUGCUUUCUACGGUCUGACCAAUCUACAGUUGGUCCAUCUGGAGGGCAACCACCUGCAACAGCUCCACCCAGACACCUUCAUCACCCUAAGACACAGCCAGGUGUUUAAGGUGUCCUCGUUGAGGACCAUCCAUCUGUCCCACAACAUCCUCACAAGCCUGCCUGAGGAAGUUUUCUCUGGAUGCAGCCACCUGGAAAACCUCUUCCUCCAUGGCAACCGAUGGGCAUGUGAUUGUCGUAUGAACUGGCUUCCAUUAUGGCUGCAGAAGCACACAGAGGUGCUAAAAUGUAAACGGGACAGGAGAUAUCCUCGAGGCCAGCUGUGUCCCGUUUGUGAAAAUCCAACCCUUUACAAGAGGAGACCCCUCUCCCUUCUUCCUAGUGAUGCCUUCACUUGUACCAAACCCUUGAUUCAGCCCCAUCUAAAGCAGAAAAACAUCAGCUUGGAUGAAGGAGAUUUCACUCCAGUUUCCCCAAGGGACUUUAUUGCCCCACUAGGCUCCAUACAAAUGAACCUGACAGAUCAAUUUCACAAUGAUGCCAGCCUGUCGUGUACAGUCCAGAGGCCAUCUAAUUUUGAGAACCUCUCACUUACCAUGGAGGAGGAAGGGGGUCACAAUAUCACUGCACUUACUACUGCCAUAACGACAUAUUUGGUAUGUAACAUUGACAAUGAACACAUCCAACAUUUGUGGCAAAUAUUGGCAGCCUACAGCGAGUCUCCCAUGAGACUUGAGAGAGGCUUGUUGUUGACUACAAGUCCCGAAAUGGUAUACAAAUAUAGUCAGAAGAAAAUGGGUGAGGAUGAACUACACACGAACAUUGAUGCUGAAAUCAAAGCCCUUCCUGCAUGGCUGAUGCAAGGUGAGGUUAGUUUGCAGCUAGACCGCAUUACAACUACUUUUUCUACUCUCCAUAUCAAGUACCAGUCUGUCGUCAACCUAUGGGUGGAAAACACCAUACCUAAGAAAGACCACUAUUCCUGGACGAUGAUAAAGAAAAACAAUGAAACCAAGACUGAGCAUACAAUAAUAACGGGUGGGGUGGUUCAGUUGAGCUGUCAAGUCAGAGGGGAGCCAAAGCCUGUGUUGGAGUGGAUUUUACCUGAUGGAAUUAAGGUGCGAGCCCCUUAUGUCAGUGAGGACAAUAGGAUCAUAAUCACUGCUGAAGGAAAGCUCACCCUUCGGGGUGCAGACACCUCGGACACGGGCCUCUAUCACUGCAUUGCCACCAACUACUUGGAUGCCGACAUUCUGGUUUUUAGAGUGACAGUUAUGUCUCCUGAUGUGGAGGAGGCAGAUGUCAAUGGUGUCCAUAUAUCAAAGAAACUGGGGGAACAUCUUCUUUUUGAUUGUAGCAGCUCAGGAUGUCCUAAGGCCUCAGUGCAGUGGAUACUCCCAGACCACACUAUAUUAGACAGGUCUCAAGGAAAAAGGAAGGUGUAUGAGAAUGGCACCUUACUGAUUGAGGGCCUCACUGUGAGGGAUCGAGGAUUCUUUAGAUGUUUGGCUGCUAAUCACUUGGGAGUUGACCUCCUGGUUUCUCAGGUGACAGCAAACGUAAGCUCUGAAGUGCUGACAGACUUUGAUAAUGACGGAUCAGGCAUGGAGAUAGAGAGCCAGGUGGACCGAACUUUAGCUGACAACACAAUCACCGUCAGUGACAUCCCUUUUUACAAAUCAUCUGUCAGAGCUACGAAGAAAGCAAUAACUAUCGUUUCAGAUCGACGUGACCCUAAACUGAGGUCACAGGGCAAAAGUACUUCAGGAAGUCGAAUAGGACAGAGGAGGUAUUCAGUCAGUAACAGACGAGCAUUUGGCAAUAGGGUCUUUGAUAAAACAAUUGGGAAAGUUGAUCCAAAGAAAUUUGCUGAAUUUAUGAAGAAGGCCCAAGAUGGAGCAAGGGCAAACACUAAUAACAGAAACGCGGAAAAAGAGUCAAAGACUGCUUUGUCAAACCAUAAUGAAAUUGGCUCUGGUGAGGUACAUGAUGACGAUCUAAUAUUGCUUGCUAUGGUUUCUACACAUAACCCUCAAGAAGGGAGCGUAAAUGGGAUGGAAAACACAGAGUCUGAAAUAGCAAUCUCAAAAAACAGCCAUGGUGUCACAUUCAGUCAAGAAAGAGAAAAACUAACAACAGAUUAUAUGCCAAUCCAGAAAUCCAUAUUUACAUGCGGUCCAGAGAAGACUGAAAGAGAGGGCGUCACACCGUAUGACAUGAUUUCGCUCAAGACAGAUGUCUUUAGUUUUGAUGAAACUACAAAGCUUCAUUCCCUCGAAAGAUUUACCAAACCUGAACUUGUUACAGAUUCUUCAGAAGAAACUCAGCUCCAUUUCUCCAGAGAGCAUCCUUCAGAACCAGAGACGUCCACAGAGGCGUUCUCCUUUAACACUGAUCCUAAUUUUACACCAAUGAGGGACAGCACAGACCUCGUGGAGCUUUUAGUCCACUCGGAUCCAGAAAGCCAAUCCACCAUCACAGCUGUCACCACCACACGGAGACGUGAAGAUCAAAUCACCUUCCAUACCACCCAAACAAUUAAAUCCCCACCUUUAGGCUCCACCAUUAUUUCCAAGCAGCAGAUCCAUAUCAUCCCACACAAGAAGAGGAGAGGGGGACGCAGAAGAGUGUUCCAUGGUCGCCGAAGAAUCAUUAAACCCAACAGUAUUACUGACAUACAAUCUAUUAUCAAUAAACGUAUACAGUCAUCUGAGCAGAAUUCUACAGUACCAUACAGAAUUGAAGUGACAACAGAUAUGGAACUAUCCACACCCACUAUGCAAUUUGGGGCAAGAGACAAAGUUGGAAACAAAAUGAUACGGGGAAGGCAAAGAAAGCCAAUCACCACUGAAACAUUAACUACUCCUCAGACUUCAACUGAUGACUAUGGAGAUUUGUUCUCAGCAGAUUUCGAGCUAUCAAAUCUGAAGCCCACUGCUCAGCCUUUAACUACAAUGAGGCCAACAUACUACUCAAAGUCCUUGACCACUGCUGAUACACCACCAGAAUCACAAACUCUUUCCUCCCCGCCUACAGUCAAAUCACCUCCGGGGGAAAAUCCUGUGAAAGAAUUUGACUAUGCAUCUGGUGGACUUCCAGAUGAUUUUCCUACAACCAGGCCAAAAUCUGGUGAAAAGAGAGGGCGCCAAGGACGAAGAAGGAGGCCAUCAAAGGGACACAGACCCUCAAAAAAACUUAAAACUAUUAAAUUGUAUCCAAUUAGCACAACUGAGACUUUUGCCAACAAGAAACCAACCAUGGAAACCACAGUCCAGACAACUUUAUUGCCCCAAAAGAGUGCUUCCAAAUCUCCAAUGUAUACACCAUCAAGGGAAAUUAACAGAGUCACAGGCACAUCAGAGCAGCAGACAUAUACUUACAAGAAAGUCGACUGGGGUAUUUCCUAUACUACCAGAACCCCAUUUAUCCUCUCAAACACAAUGCCUACAUCAGAGAGACCUUACACAACUGCUCAAAACAGAGUCUACAAUAAUUUAAGACCCCCAACACAGAGGUACAAUGGUCAAACAGCAGCUCCAAGGAGACCUCGACCUACAGCACAAAGUGGCACCAAAGAGAGCAGAGAGAAAUACACUUCUUUUGGGACAAUGACCAUAUAUACAACAGAACAAGACUACAUCUACACAUACAACAGAAACAAUGUGAAAAAUAUCCUCGUCACAACCAGUUCCAAUGUUGCUAGCACUCAACCAACUACUAUGCUCAUGACCAGAAAACCCAAAAUACUUGGUGGCAAUGCAGCCAGCUUUACAGUUUUGACCAACUCUGAUGCCUUACUACCAUGUGAGGCUGUUGGAGACCCUCUGCCAGUGAUAUCCUGGAAACGCUUGUCUUCAAGCACAGGAAACACAGUUACCAUCAAGGGGAGAAUGGGCAAGUUCGAGUUUUUGAGCAACGGCACAUUGUCGAUUCAAAAUGCAAAUAUUAAGGACCGUGGCCAGUACAUCUGUGUUGCUGAGAAUGACCAUGGGUCAGAUAAACUUAUUGUCACCCUCUCUGUGGUAACUUACCCCUCACGUAUACUUGAACCAAAAAUGAGAGAGAUAAAGUCUCAUGCAGGAAAUACUGUGGAGAUUAAAUGUAAGGCAGAUGGUCGGCCCACACCUACGAUAUCCUGGAUUCUGGCGAACAGGACCCAAGUAAGAGGGCAAAACACACCAAAUGGAAGAGUAUCAGUGAAUCCAGGUGGGACUCUGGUCAUUAGACAGGUGUCUGGUUUUGACAGAGGUCAUUACAAAUGUGUUGCUAGUAACCCAGCUGGAGCUGAUACUGCUACAGUCCGCCUGCUUGUGGUUGCUGCUCCACCAGGUAUCUUUGAGGAGAAACGGCAGCAGGUGAAAGCUGUUUCAAAACAAAACAUUUGGCUGCCCUGCACAGGUCAAGGUAGCCCUCAACCUAGGAUUCAUUGGGUGCUGCACGACGGUUUGGUGGUCAAUUCACAAAGAUUUGGUUGGGACACGAGGAUAUCUGUUUAUGAUAAUGGAACUCUCCAAAUCAAGGAUGUGACUCCAACUGACAAUGGCAAAUAUGAAUGUAUUGCAACCAGUUCUACAGGCUCAGAGCGAAGGGUGGUGACUCUGACCAUCGAAAGACAAGAAUCUGUACCUAAAAUAGUGGCGACCUCCCACCAUGUAACUGAGUUGUAUUUCGGAGAUCAGCUCAAACUAAAUUGCUCAGCAACUGGAGAUCCUGAACCCAGGAUUAUGUGGAGGUUACCAUCUAAAGCAGUGAUAGACCAAUGGCAUAGGAUGGGUAGGAGAUUCCAGGUUCUGGAAAAUGGCACACUAAUCAUCAAUUCUGUGAUUGAUAAAGAUGCAGGAGACUAUCGCUGCAUGGCAAAAAGCAUAACUGGUGAUGAUGUUCAACUCAUGAACGUCAAGGUGUCAAUGAAGCCAGCUAAGAUAGAGCACAAGCCCCAUGGCAAGAAGAAAGUUCUCUAUGGUAAUGACUUGAAGGUUGAUUGUAAAGCCUCGGGGGCUCCAAAGCCAGAGAUCUCCUGGGGCCUUCCAGAUGGCACUGUCGUUAACAGUGCUUUGCAGGCUGAUUCCUUUAGCGGAGGAAGGAGAAUACGACGCUACACUCUGUUUGACAAUGGAACACUCUAUGUUAAUCAAGUUGGUAUGUCAGAGGAAGGAGACUACACUUGUAUUGCUGAAAAUCAAGUCGGAAAAGAUGAAAUGCACGUACAUAUUACUGUCGUGACUGCCGCUCCCAUGAUACGUCAAGACAGUGAGACUUAUGCCAGAUUGAAACCAGGAGAAAACAUCCGCUUUGACUGUGAAGGAGUUGGUGAACCCAAACCUAGGAUCUUGUGGAUAUUGCCCACUAAUGACGUCAUAGCAGCAUCUAAUGAACGUUACUUGUUGCACGUAAAUGGCUCUCUGGACAUCAGGGGUGCAAAGACAAUCGAUGGUGGAGAGUAUGUUUGUAUGGCUCGCAACCCAGGUGGUGAAAACAGAAGAAUCUACAAACUUGAAAUUAGUGGGAACCCACCUGUGAUAAAUGGCAAUCAUCAGAAUAGGACUGUAUUAAAAGAUUUCUCUACUAAAUAUUCAAGGAAACUCAUAGACUGUAACGCUGAAGGCAAUCCAACUCCAACUAUCACCUGGAUAAUGCCAGAAAACAUAUUUUUAAGGGCACCAUACUUUGGUGGUAGGAUUAAUGUCCAUCAUAAUGGGACUUUAGAAAUUCGUAAUGUACGUCCUACUGAUACGGGAGAGUUUAUUUGCAUGGCAACAAAUGAUGGAGGAGAGUCUGUAUUAGUGGUACAACUCGAGGUGACCAAUAUGCUACGAAGGCCCAUUUUUAAAAACCCUUUCAAUGAAAGGAUUGUCUCUCCUCUGGGGAAAACCAACGUUCUGAACUGCUCUGCUGAUGGACACCCAAAGCCAGAUAUCAACUGGAUUCUACCUAAUGGAACACGGUUUAUUGCUGGGCAUAACUUCCACAGACAUGCAGACAAUGAUGGGACUUUAGUCAUCUAUAACUCUCGCAUUGAGGAUGCUGGGAAAUACCGCUGUGGUGCCAAGAACAUCAUGGGCUACAUCGAGAAGCUCAUCAUUCUGGAUGUAGGGCAAAAGCCUUACAUUCUUACAAGGCCGAGGGACAUUAUACGCAGUAUGUUCGGGGAUCCCCUCUUCAUUCACUGUCUAUCAGAUGGAAGUCCAAUACCCAGAAUCUAUUGGACCCUCCCUGGGGGCCACACUCUCACCCGGCCUCAAGUCCUGGGGCGCUACAAUUUGCUAGAGAAUGGUACUCUAAUUGUUCAGGACACCACUCUCCGUGACCGAGGGAACUAUGUAUGCAGAGCUCGAAAUGAUGUGGGAGAGGCUGUGCUGACAGUCCCUGUUGUUAUCAUUGCCUAUCCGCCACGCAUCACUACAAUGCCACCUCCUACCCUGAGUUUAAUGGCAGGGACACCUGUUAAGCUCAACUGCGCUGCAAUUGGUGUACCUAAGCCAGAAAUCACCUGGGAGCUUCCAGAUCAUUCCAUUCUGUCAAUGGCACAACAAAGGAAGCAGUUGGGAAGCGAACUGCUUCACCCUCAAGGCACGCUUAUUGUCCAGAGGCUCUCGGCCAUCAACUCUGGCACGUACAAAUGUGUGGCUAAGAAUUAUCUGGGUACAGACCUGAAGGCUGUAUAUGUGCAUGUACUGUAAAAACCAAGGCAGAAGGAAAGCAGGAGGACUUUAACGGACCUUUGGAUCUGCAGGGCAAAGGACCCUCCUAUGAGUGAAUUUAAGAGGAUUACAUCUACAUUAUUACUGGGAAAAUGGCUGACAUUAAUUUAAAAUGAGAUAGAACAUUAAGAGACAGAAGAAAUCAAAUUGAACUGAAAAACACACCUGGGGGGGACAAAUAUUUUUUAUUAUAACUUGGAACUUAACUUCUGGAGAAUCAUAGCUGGUACUCAUUCAUGUGUGAGGGGGAUUAUCUAGGAGCAGAAUGUGUUCAUCAUACAUUCUUACCCAAAGUGAUUCUGAUGAUUGUCUAAUGCUGGAUAUAAUUAGAGCACAUACAGUCUUGUCAGCAGCUUGUCUUUUAGAGGCAAAUUUAGAAAAUAGGUGACUAAAUAUGUUGUACAAAUCUUGCAAAAACAAGCCACAUUAUUUUUUGUUUUAUGAAAAUAUAGUUAAAAGAUUGUUUUACACUGGACCCAUAAGGUUUUUGCUACACUACACAAUUCCAUAAUUGUCUUUUGAAGCAGGCGCAUUUAUUUCUUUUCAUUGCAUGGUUAAACAUUUUUUACUUGUGAUUGAUUGUGUUGUACACGAGACUUUACAGUAAUGUUAUACAUUAUGCUUAUCUGUAAUAAUACAGUAUACAGUAUCUUUGUGUAAUACCUAGUACCUACUAAUGUGUGGGAGAAAAAUAAACCUUUAACAUUA